CAUCGAUAAUCUGCAUCUCUAACGAGUUCCCGGGCGACGCUGAUGCUGGUCCGAGAACCUCUCUUCGAAAACCAUUGGUUUAGAGGUUUUAAUUCUGAAUCCAUUCGGCAGACAGAGCACUGCUAACUCCUAACUUUUAUCAGGAACCUGGGGUCUGCUUUCGCCAGCAACUAGGUCCCAAGUCGCGGGCGUAUUCUGAAAUCAUGUGCACCGCAAUCCCCGCCUUGGGGUGGAGGCUAGCGCUGGGCGGCCUCAGCCUCUGCCUGCUGCGCACUGGAGCCAGCUCCCUGGCUCCUCGGCGAUCCAUUGCUCUUUCCGCCGGCGCCAGCCGCAGGCCUCGGUCACGCCCCCCGCGGCCAGUUGGUUCGCGGGUCUCGCGGGGUGCCCCCGCCCACAGGCUAAUGCGUUAAGUUGGGCCAGGCUGAGGCGCUGCUGCCUGAGCGGCAGAUCCGAGACGUGGCUCCCUGGGCGGAAGAACCAUGUUGGACUUCGCGAUCUUCGCCGUCACCUUCUUGCUGGCGUUGGUGGGAGCAGUGCUCUACCUCUACCCGUGGACCCUUUUGAAACCAUACUGAAGUCAUUAUUAAGGUAUCAAUCUGGUGGUGGCAGCGUGAGUGAAAAUCAUAUGAGGAAAAAUUUGUAUGAAAAUGGUGUGACUAAUUCUCUGAAGAGUAACUUUGCUCUCCUCCUAAAGCUUUCAGAAGAGUUAUUAGAUAAAUGGCUCUCCUACCCAGAGUCCCAGCACGUGCCCCUCAGCCAGCAUAUGCUUGGUUUUGCUAUGAAGUCUGUUACACAGAUGGUAAUGGGUAGUACAUUUGAAGAUGAUCAGGAAGUUGUUCGCUUCCAGAAGAAUCAUGGCACAGUUUGGUCUGAGAUUGGAAAAGGCUUUCUAGAUGGAUCACUUGAUAAAAAUACAACUCGGAAAAAACAAUAUGAAGAUGCCCUUAUGCAACUGGAGUCUAUUUUAAAGAACAUCAUAAAAGAACGAAAAGGAAAGAACUUCAGUCAACAUGUUUUCAUUGACUCCUUAGUACAGGGGAACCUUAAUGAUCAACAGAUCCUAGAAGACAGUAUGAUAUUUUCUCUGGCCAGUUGCAUAAUAACUGCAAAAUUGUGUACCUGGGCAAUCUGUUUUUUAACCACCUCUGAAGAAGUUCAAAAAAAAUUAUAUGAAGAGAUAGAACAAGUUUUUGGGAAUGGUCCUAUUACUCCAGAGAAAAUUGAGCAGCUCAGAUAUUGUCGGCAUGUGCUUUGUGAAACUGUUCGAACUGCCAAAUUGACCCCAGUUUCUGCCCGGCUUCAAGAUAUUGAAGGAAAAAUUGACCAAUUUAUUAUUCCUAGAGAGACCCUCGUCCUUUAUGCCCUUGGUGUGGUACUUCAGGAUCCUAAUACUUGGCCGUCUCCACAUAGGUUUGAUCCAGAUCGGUUUGAUGAUGAAUUAGUAAUGAAAACUUUUUCCUCACUUGGAUUCUCAGGCACACAGGAGUGUCCAGAGUUGAGGUUUGCAUAUAUGGUGACCACAGUAUUGCUUAGUGUAUUGGUGAAGAGACUGCACCUACUUUCUGUGGAGGGCCAAGUUAUUGAAACAAAGUAUGAACUGGUAACAUCGUCAAGGGAAGAAGCUUGGAUCACUGUCUCAAAGAGAUAUUAAAAUUUUAUACAUUUAAAAUCAUUGUUAAAUUGAUUAAGGUAAACAACCAUUUAAAAAAUCUGUGUUGAAUCCUUUUAUAAACCAAGUAUCACUUUGUAAUAUAAACACCUAUUUGUACUUCAUUUUGUAAAUUUGGAUUUUUAAAUAUAUUUUCUUAAUUCAUUAUACACAUUUAUACUUACUGCACAGUAUAUUGAUGAUUUUAAUG